CUCAAACAUUCUGUAAGAACAACAACAAAUCAAGAACACACACUACUGCGUGCUAGCUUGAUCCAAAAAUAUGGACAAGGGUCCGUUUCUUGCGCCUGUUUUCAUCUUUCUCCUCACUCUUCUUACAUGUGCGAUCACACUACUAAGCUGUCUAAAUCAUAGUAAUAAAAGAAGAAAACAGCAAGAAAAGAAACCUAAACUUCCUCCAGGCUCAAUGGGAUGGCCCUCCAUUGGAGAAACCCUCCAGCUCUACUCUCAACAUCCCAAUGUCUUUCUCUCCUCCAGACAUAAAAGGUACGGGGAAAUCUUCAAGACACACAUACUAGGUUGUCCUUGUGUCAUGUUGGCCAGCCCGGAGGCAGCCCGGUUCGUCCUGGUGACUCAGGCACACUUGUUCAAGCCCACGUAUCCGAGGAGUAAGGAGAACUUGAUCGGGCCAUCAGCCCUUUUUUUUCACGGGGGCGAGUACCAUAAGCGCCUGAGGAAACUCGUCCAGGCCUCGUUGUGCCCGGAGGUCCUCCGUAGGCUGGUGGUGGACAUUGAGGCACUAACACUUUCUGCAUUGACUUCUUGGGCUGAUCAUGGCCGAGUCAUCAACACUUACCAUGAGAUGAUAAAGCUUUCUUUCGAAGUCGGUAUACUGGCUAUUUUUGGCCAUCUAGAGCCCCAUUACAAGGAAGAAUUACACAAGAACUACACCAUAGUAGAAAGAGGGUACAAUUCAUUUCCAACAAAUUUACCAGGCACCCGAUAUCGAAAGGCGUUGAAGGCAAGGAAGAGGCUAAGUGAAAUUCUGAAUAACAUAACUAGGGAAAGGAAGGAGAAGAAGCUACUUGAGAGGGAUCUCUUGAGCUGUCUGCUGAACUACAAAGAUGACAAGGGGGAUGUCCUAACUGAGGAUCAAAUUGCUGACAACAUAAUUGGAGUACUCUUUGCUGCGCAGGACACCACUGCCAGUGCCAUGACAUGGAUCAUCAAAUACCUCCACGACAGCCCGAAGCUUCUGGAAGAUGUCCAGGCUGAACAGAAGGCAAUCUACCAAUCAAAUGGCAGUGGGAGGAGCCAUUUGACAUGGUAUCAGACAAGAAAAAUGCCGGUUACUUACAAGGUGAUUUUGGAGAGCUUAAGACUGGCUAGCAUUAUCUCCUUCACAUUCAGAGAGGCAGUAGCAGAUGUAGAAUAUAAAGGAUACCUUAUUCCGAAAGGAUGGAAAGUCAUGCCCUUGUUCAGGAAUAUUCAUCAAAAUCCAGAAUUAUUCUCCAAUCCUCAAAAGUUUGAUCCGACCAGGUUUGAGGGUACAUUGCGACCCAACACGUUUAUGCCAUUUGGGAGUGGAGUGCAUGCCUGCCCGGGCAACGAACUUGCCAAGCUAGAGAUGCUCAUUUUGGUGCACCACUUAGCCUCUCACUUCAGGUAUGAAUUGGUUGGAUGUGAGAGUGGAAUUGAGUACAGUCCAUUUCCAGUCCCAUUGCAUGGCCUUCCAGCCAGAUUUUGCAGAGAUUUGGACAAACAUUUCCAGCCACCAUUCUCAUCUCACAUUUCUUGACCAAACUUUGUUUUUCAUUUUCUUUGUUUUUUUUUUGUCUUCCCAUUUUGCCCUCAUCAAGAACUCACCUAGGGCAUCUCUUUCAAUUUCCUCCAUCUCCUAGCUUCUUUAAAUUAAGAUCAAGAGAGGAGAAUUCCAUUUAUGUCCUCCCUCAAGAAUUGUAUCAUUUAUAUUUCACUACUAGAAAAUAGAAAUGAAUUUAUUUCUUACUUUA